AUGCUGCGCCCGCUGUUGUUAUCGCUGCUGCAUGCGCUACUGACACCAUGCGAGGGUGCAGAGUACUCGGACCCGUCGCUAUUGGACUCGACAGUGGCCCAUGGAAUGAUCAUCGACGCCGGCAGUAGCGGAAGCCGCAUGCACGUGUACCAGUGGGAGCCGCGCAUGUUCACGACGCUGCCCCCGCCGAUCUCUAUCCCCGGCUCAACCAACCAGUGGACGCACAGGAUGGAGCCAGGGAUUUCCUCCUACAUCACUCACCUUGAGGAUAUCGCGGAAGCCCUAUCUCCCCUAGUGGACUUCGCGAAGGAUAUCCUAAAGGACUACGAAGAGGACUGGGAGCGGUUCCCCAUAUACCUCAAGGCCACCGCCGGCGUGAGGCAGCUGCCGUACGGCGACCGCGAGGCGCUCUUGUCCGCCGUGCGAGACUUCCUGGGCAACCCCGAGACGUGCCCCUUCUACUUCCAGUUCGAUCACGCCAGGGUUAUCUCCGGGGAGGAGAGGUUACGGGCAUUCCUUCAGGAGGGCAUCUACGGCUGGGCGGCCGUCAACUUCCUUCGCGGCGAGCUCCUUGCCCUUAGCGAGGGGGUGGGGACGGCGGUAUCGUCGGGAAACAUGACCGUGGGCACGCUGGACCUCGGGGGAGCGUCCACCCAGAUCUCCUUCUUCAAGUCCGACCAGGACAUCCUCGCCAACCUUUUCAAGCUGCAGAUCGGCGCCGAGAAGCACUGGAACGUGUACACGCACUCCUUCCUCCAGUUCGGCCUCAACUCCGCACGGGCCCGCAUGCACACGAAGGUCGUCCACGCGGUGGCGGCGGCUGCGGCUCCGGCGGCUGCGGCGGCGGCUGCGGGUGCAGAUGCAGAUGAAGGCGUCAACGCGCCGCCGGUGGAGGUGGUUGACGCAUGCCUCCCGAAGGGCUUCAACGAGAGCUUCGUCUCCCCGGAGGACGGGAAGGAGUACCUCAUCGUACCCGCGGACGGGGGCGCCGACUUCGACGCGUGCGACCGGCAGACUGCGGAGCUCCUCGAGGCUUCCUCUUCAUCGGGCAGCUUCUGCCAGUUCGCCUUCCCCGGGCAGUGCUCUGUCCUGGGCGUUUACCAGCCGGAGCUCCCUCAGGGUGGCGAGCACGGACGGUUCUACGGGUUCUCGGGGUACUACAAGCUGUGGCAGUUCCUCGACCUCGACGAGUCUACGACGGUUGCAGAGAUUGUCGGCGAGGGCAAGCGCGUGUGCGGCAUGUCCCGCGAGGAGCUGUCCGCGUACAACUCCCUUCGCAAGGGCCGCGAGCACAACGUCCCGUACCUGGCCAAGUACUGCUUCAUGUCGUCCUACGUGACCACGCUGCUGGGCGGCGGCUACGGCUUCCCGGCCGAGGAGCACAUUCACUUCGUCGACGAAGUGGGCGGCUACAAGGUGGACUGGUCCCUGGGUUCCAUGCUCUACGAGAUCAACGCGCUCCCUUGGAGCUACGUGCCCCCCGCCGACCCGGCCGCCGCCGCGCAAACGUCGGCUGCUGCGGCGCAGGAGGGUCGACCAUCGGCGGCACGGGAAGGCCGGUGCACGACCAUCGUCUGGGCCUCCGUAGCCGCCGCAUUCGCGGCCGUCGCCGCCAUCGUCUACGGCUUUCUCGAGCGCACCGGGCGGCUCAACAGCAUCCACCACCGGGCGGGCGGGGCUCCUCCCCCCUACUUCGCGGCGCGCGCGGGCACGAGUGAGGAGGCGUCGCCUUGGAGGAUGACGGGGGCCGUUGGCAGCGGCGGCGUGAUCGGGACGGGCCGUGACCGCGGGCGGAGGACGAGCGGCGGCUCGCAGUACGAGAGCAUCUCGGACGUGUCUUCGUCAAGGGCGUGA